AUGGCGACUCAACCGAGCGACGCGGAACUCAUAGCCGGCUUGCAAGCCAGAGUCAAGGAAUUAGAAUCUGAGAAUGCAAAGCUGUUGUCUCAACUUGAUGUUUGCCGCAGUCAUGAGAUGGAGAAAAAAUUACAUGGCCCUGAUGGGAAAGGCAGAGAAUGUAAAGGCAACAUGAAAUCUGAAGACAAGAUAGAGAAAAAUACAGGUUAUGACACAAGGUUUAUGAGUCAUCACAGCAAGAGAUAUGUAGCCUUAAAAGUCAUGUACUUUGGAAAAAGGUUUUAUGGUUUUGCGUCAGAGGCACAAAUGCAGCCAACUGUUGAGUCUGAACUUUUCAAAGCUUUUGAGAAAACAAGGCUAUUGGUUGGGGAUAAGAAGGAGUCACAGUAUUCAAGAUGUGGUAGAACAGACAAAGGGGUUUCCUCUGUUGGACAAGUGAUAGCCCUUUUCCUAAGAUCAAACCUCAAGAUAUCUGCCAUAAAUAUUGGAAAUUCUGGAGAAGUUGUUUCAGACGAGAAACUUGAAGGGGAAAUAGAUUAUGUUAGGGUGCUAAAUCGAGUUCUUCCAAAUGACAUUCGAAUUUUGGGCUGGUGUCCUGCUCCUGUUGAUUUCCAUGCAAGCAAUGGAUUUAUCAUAAUCCAUGUUUGCUUUGACAGGUUUAGCUGUCUAAGCAGGGAGUAUAAAUAUUUCUUUUGGAAUGAAAAAUUGAACAUACCGGCCAUGGAGAGUGCUGGAAACAAACUUGUAGGAGAACAUGACUUCAGAAACUUCUGUAAAAUGGAUGCAGCAAAUGUGCACAACUACAGGCGGCACAUCACAUUGUUUGAGAUUUCUCCUACAGAUGUGAGGUACAAUGGUAAUCAACUUUGGGUGAUUAAAAUAAGAGGUAGUGCUUUUCUGUGGCAUCAGGUUCGCUGCAUGGUUUCUGUUCUAUUCAUGGUUGGCAAAAGUCUUGAAUCUCCAAAUGUGAUUGAUGUGCUUCUGGACACUACUAGGAUUCUAAGGAAACCCCAGUACAUUAUGGCUUCAGAGGUUCCGUUGGUUCUUCAAUCCUGCGAAUUUGACGACAUUAAGUUUAUGUGUUCAUCAGAUGCUGGAUAUGCGUUGCAGUCACACUUGGUGAAUGAAUGCCAAAUUUACCAGCUUCAAGCCACAAUCUUUCACGAAGCUCUUCUUAACUGCGUGCCUCUAUCAAAUGAUCAAAGCUUGCUGUCUUUUCAAGGAUCCAAGAAGAAAGUCUCCCAUGUCCCUCUCAUGUCACGACCAACUGAGCCAUCGUAUGAAGAACGACGAGCCAAACUCAACAUAGUAGGAUGA